CGGAGCUCCUGGUCAUUCACUCCGCCGGGCGGGAGCCGCUGGCGGCGGUGGCGGGAUGUCGCGGGGCCGGGAGCGCGUGGUGGCCCUGGUAGACAUGGACUGCUUCUUCAUGCAGGUGGAGCAGCGCCUCGACCCGCAGCUGCGCGGCCGCCCCUGCGCCGUGGUGCAGUACACCGAGUGGCAAGGCGGCGGGAUCAUCGCCGUGAGCUACGAGGCGCGCGCCUUCGGUGUGUCCCGCGGGAUGUGGGCGUCGGAGGCUCGUGCGCUGUGCCCGGAGCUGGCGCUGGCGCGGGUGCCGCAGGCGCGGGGCAAGGCGGACCUCACUCGGUACCGGGAUGCGAGCGCGGAGGUGAUGCAGGUGCUGUCGCGGUUCGCCGCCAUCGAGCGCGCCAGCAUCGACGAGGCGUACCUGGACCUGACCGGCACCGCCCGGGACCGGCUGCGCGCCCUGCAGGGCGGGCCCGUGCCCGCAGCGCUGCUGCCCAGCACUUUCGUGCAGGGACUGCCCGGAGACCCCGGCCCCGAAUCCGGCGGGAAGGAGGAGCUACGCCAACGUGGCUUGCACGAGUGGCUGGCGUCGCUGUCUUUCGAUAACCCUGAUUGUCCUGACCUGCAACUGACCAUGGGGGCGGUGAUUGUGGAAGAAAUUAGAGUGGCUGUAGAAGAAGCCACCGGAUUCAGGUGUUCAGCUGGCAUCUCACACAACAAGACUCUGGCAAAACUGGCCUGCGGGUUAAACAAGCCCAACCGCCAGACACUGGUGUCAGCACGGUUUGUGCCACAGCUCUUCAGCCAACUGCCCGUCAGCAGCAUCCGUAACCUGGGAGGCAAGCUUGGCACUGCUAUCACAGACAUCCUGGGAGUAGAGUACAUCGGGCAGCUGACACAGUUCAGUGAGACUGAACUCCAGACUCACUUUGGAGACAAAACUGGGUCCUGGCUCUAUGACUUAUGCAGAGGAAUUGAAGAGGAACCUGUCAAAAACCGGUACCUGCCCCAGUCUAUUGGCUGCAGCAAGAAUUUCCCUGGGAGGACAGCCUUGGCCACGCAGAAGGCGGUGCAACACUGGCUCCUGCAGCUGGCCUUGGAGCUGGAAUCCAGACUGAACAAGGACAGGAGCCAGAACCACCGCGUGGCCCGGCAGCUGAUGGUAGUCAUCCGCCAGCAAGGGGACACCCGUGUGUCGCGCUUCUGCGCCCUGUCCCGCUACGACGCACAGAAAAUGUGCAACGACGCCUUCACCCUCAUCCAAAACUGCAAUGCGGCUGGGAUGCAGCAAGCAGCAUGGUCUCCACCACUGAUAUCAGUUCAUCUCUCAGCAAGCAAGUUCUCGGAGCCUGCCACCCUCUCUGCAGGCAUCGCCACCUUCCUGAUGGGUGACACCCAGCCUGAUGGCACUGCCACCACGAGCCAAAACACCACAUCUUCUGGGAGGGCCAGGGUCAAGUUCUUUAGAAGCCCAAGCAAAGAGCUUAGGCAGAAGCCAGCUAAUGCUAUUGAGUCAUUCUUCCAAAAGGCAGCAGAACAGCAGCCAUCACAAGCAGCAGCAGCAGCAACCAGCUUGCCCACUGCUACCACCGCAGGGUCACCUGUGCCCAGGCCCCCAGAGCACCAGGAGAGAGCUGGUGUUAGACUUGCCUCUGUGCAGUGUGACCUGGAGUCCCCUGUGAAGCAGAGUCCCAGCGAUGCCAGCCCUACUUCUCCUUACAAGAGGCUUCCUUGUGAGAAGCUGCCAUCAGAUGCUACACAAACACCCUCAACUCCACCCAGCUCCAGGACCCUUCUGAAAUUACAGUCAGCUAUGGAGGGAAAUGAGCAGAAUUUUCCGCCCUCUCCUGAGCUUGUCCCACUGCCUCCUGCCUCGCCAGGAGACCAGCAGUGCUGUGAUAAGUGUGGCCAGCUUGUGCUGGUGUGGGAAUUCCCAGAGCACAUGGACUACCACUUUGCUCUGGAGUUGCAAAGCUCCUUUCUGAAGCCCAGUGCUCCCAUGGCUCCAGCAGCAGCUCCCAACCCAAAGGCUGAAGGUUCCAGGUCUCCUGCUAAGGCGAAGAACAAGCCCAAAACUCCAGCAGGAUCUAGUGCAAAACGACCCAAAGAAGGUGUGACAAGAACUUUAGAUUUUUUCUUUAAGCGCUUACCUCCGUAACUCCCAACCAGUUGAGGUGUUUUUAAAGACUCAGUGUUUUUAAAGACUCAGUGUGUGUUUUUAAAGACUCAGUGUGUGUUUUUAAAGACUCAGUGUUUUUAAACAAUCAGUGUUUUUAAACAGUGUUUUCAAAGAACUGGUGUUUUUAACCACAGUUAAAAGUUUUUAUACUGCCUGUCAAGUUUUAAUGCAGAAAAGUCUAAUAAAUUAUCUCUACCCCACAUCUAAAAGGAA